AUGAUAAUGUAUCAUAUAUUCUACAUGGAUAGGGGACACUGUAUGAUAUUCAGUUUGAAUGUAAGUUUAGCAAGUGUUUAGGAUAUCAGAAAACUAUGGUUUCAGGCGGAAACAACCACAUUCCACGUUCUACUGGAUAUGGUUUCCAAGGAAGUCUGUCAUAGACUCUCUGACUUGGUAUGCUCAUAAUUUUAGAACCCCCAACUAACUUGGGUUAAUACAGAUCCUUCUGGACGAGAGUGGAAUCGCCCCGGAGGGCAACAAGUUCCUGUGUGAGCUUCCGGAAGUUGGAACGACGGCUUCUCCCGUUUACCUCUUUCUCAAGUCUGGAACUGACCGAGAAAAUCACAACUGCAGCGAUGCAACCUACAUUUUCCAAAUGAUCGAUGACGCUGUCGAGCAGGUAACCAUUACCCUGCGAUCGAUUUUUAUUAACUGUUAAACAGGCGUCGUACGUGCUCAAGAACAAGGAUCCUGUGAAGGUAUACAUGGAACUACCAGAUCGGGCAAAAGUCUGCCGGAAAGUCUGCUCAGAAUCACUCCAAACGUGCGCAACUCUCACGGAACAGCACCGAUACCUUCACAAGGUAGACAUGGUUUCCAAGCCAGGCAAGACUAGAAUAAGUGUUUCAGGGAUGGUUGGCACUUAUCAACAACUUGGACAUCUCGGUGGUCAAGAUGGACAAACGGGGAAAGCGGUUCAAAGCGGUGCAUCAGAAAAUGGAGGAGCUGGUCGAAAAGUCAGAACCGUUGCUGCUCAACUAUUCGGAUGUUGUCGAGCAGCUGAGGAGGAUCGAAGUUCCUGCCGAGAUCUUUGUGAAACCGGCUUCAUUAAUGACAUCCACUACGGCCCCGAUUACUUCCGACGAGAAGUGCACUCUGUUCGACUUCAUCGCUCGUGCAGAUCCAGAAGCAUCACUAGAAGCUUUGCCAGAUAUUGUGCAUGAGAAGAUUCGACAACUCUUGGAGCAUAAUGUGAAAAACGUGUAUUCGACACUGGAAACGGUGAAUGAGCAGUCGAAGAAUCAAGAAUUCAGAGACUUCAAGGGCAUUAACAAACGGUUCUCGCAGCUCGAGUUUAGUUUGAAAUCUUGUGAAGGUACGGUGCUAGCUGAUAAUGCUGUUCAUCUAAAAUAAUUAAUUUGCAGAGCGAAAAGAUAAUGUACAUAAGCUUGUCGGGCAAAUUGUCGAAACCCCGAAAAAUAUUGAUAAAAGCAAGCUGCCCGCACUUGUUGAAGAUCAUCGACGAUACAUGAGCAUCAUUUUUGAAAACUUUGUGGAGUUUCGCAACAUGGUCAAAGUAUUCGAUCAGUCGAAACAAGAAAUUCUGAAAAAUUUGCGGACCCGGAUGGCUGGAUUCGUCGUUCAAUCUUAUGACCGUCUUCGAACUGUUCACAACGAAAUAGUGCAGUACGAGUACAAGGGAAAUGCUGUUCGGAUACACAUGGAUUUGAUCGGGCAGAUCAGAGACGCACCGAUUCUUUACUCGCAGAGCGUAUCGGAAGUCGUUCGUCGCAGAAUACUCAAGUCGGAGCUUGACGACUGGCAUUUGGAUCAUUCAAACAAGUGCAGUCAGUUCAGUGCCGAUGAAGAGAAGACACGAGAACACCUGGGCCGGAAACUCAAGAAACACUUCCUGCACGCGUUGUUCCCAGGACUUUUUGACAAUUUGCCAGAGUUUUUCAUCAAGUCACCGUUGCCCAAGUACGACGCCGACCUGCCUGUCAUUUCGAAGGAUUACAUCAAGGAGCUGCGUGAAGCCGUGCCAGAGCUGGAGCCGUACUUGAAAGUCACGGUGCCUAAUGUUUGCGGAAAGCUUGCCUCGAAGUGAGUUUGCACGUGUGUUGAUAAUUCUAUAAUUUUUGUUGCAGAGGAGUCAAACAUCCGCCAUUCGGACAAACUCGAGUGGAGAGCUUCCUGACCGAUGAACCGAUGCGAAUGGCCCGGUCUCACUUCAAUUGCUCUCCUGCUGCCUGGUUUAGCGAAGACGGAGGCGACUCAUCGCCAACACCCCAGCCGCUUAUGUGUCGGUCACCGGACUACGUGCUAAGGGAAUCGCAAUGUCGGUCAAUUCCCUAUGUACCAUCGCUCCAGCAGUUGGAAGGGUUGGGUGGGCCAAUGUCUUGUUCGCCUGCGCCUCAAAGUGCUCCGAUUAGUAUUCCGAAUGCAAUGUCUUCGCGCGCGAACUUCAAGCAGUCUGGUCGGCAGAUGAGUUCUCAAGACCUUCAUCAUGUUGGAUCUGCGGUCUCUUCCGACACAUCUCUACUGGGUCCGGAGACACCAGUAAAGAGAAAUAAUUAUGAAACCAUGAUGAUCGAGAAGAAGGACGAGAUUCCAUUGCAAUCCACCAUGAGCGAUAGUUCGGACAGCAUUGACUCAUUGCUGGAUGUCUACGAGCGGAUCGAUUAUUCUGCUGAGGAUAUUCUUGUCGGACUUUCGGAUCACACUACACAACUGGAGGAUGCUGUGAAGCGACUUGGCAAGAUGCAAAACCUCGUUGCUUCGAUCCACCCUCGCAACGAGAGACUCUUCAAGUACCUGCACCAAACUGCUCCGCGUGAUUUUGAACUCAUCAUUCAUGACGGUGACAAGCUGAAGAAUCGUGUCAAGGAGCUCGGAGAAAGUGUGGAGAGUCUGGAGAUAGAACUGGAAAGCCGGAAGUCCACGGAAAGUGGGCUCGAGGCCAAGAUAAUGGAGCUGUCGACUCAACAUAAAAAGGAAAUCGAAGAUACUCAGGCGGAGUGCAUCAAGCGCUUGUCAGUCGAAUUUGAACUGAUGACCGACAGUAUGUCGAGACAGAACAAGGAGUUGCUUGAGGUAACACUUAUUUUCAGAAGUUUGUGUUAUCUUUACACAUGCAUUUAUUCAGAGCAAGGACGAAGAAAUCGAAGAACUCAAGGCAAAAUUGGAGAAGAGAAAUGCUGCUUAUGAGAAGGCUCUGCGGAACGACGUGUACUCUGAGGAGUACAAAAAGACUCUUACCGCCGAGAUUCGUGUGGAACUCGAAAAAGAGUUCAAAAGCCGAAUCGAAGUGAUUACAAAGGCAGUUGAAGGCAAGAAAGACGAGGCAUUUGCUCGUCAGCAGAAGACAUUGGACAUUGAGAACCGUGUUUUGUCGGCGGAGAAUGAGGCCAAGUCGAAGAAACUGGAGGCUCUGCACAAGGAGAAAGAGCAACUCGAGUCGCUGAUUCGCCAAAUGCCCGAUGGGGAUGUUAUUCUCGAAGAGUUUAAUGCUCUAAAGGAAACGCAACCGACUGUUGAGAUCAAAGACAAAUUCCCUGCCCUCCGAACGAAAAUGGAUAAAAGUACGGAUAGACGUUGCCUCGACAACAAUAAGGUUCUGUUGAUCGACAACAUUCUCAAGGUUCACAAGUUGCAACAGCUUGUCGACCAGAGACAGAAGUAUCGUGAUGUUAUUAGGAUUCAGUCGGGAGGCGAGCAAGUCCUUCAUUGCCUUGAGACUGCCCAGCCGCCAGUUCCGAUCGAUAUGGAAGUUUUGUGGAAGGAACUCUCCUCCUCCACAGGAGCAUCUGAUGAAUGUGGUCGGAAGAUCGCCAAGAUUUACGAGCUGGAAAUGGAGACGGUCUGGUUGCAAGCUCUCGUCCGAUCCAGUCCAAAUGGGCCGAGUCUUGGUGACAUUUCGAGUGCUCUUCACAGUGAGCGUUAUCAAAAGGACGUCGAGACUGUUACUUCCAUCGCGAUGCUUGACAUCUUCAAUGAUCACGACAGGUAUUUUUCUUUGUUAUUUGGAUAUUUUCACAAGUAGGACUUGUCGCGGGCUGGCCGAGCCGGUUGAGUCGAGCCAAUUUCGAUGAAAAAAUUAAUUUUCCCAGUGAAAACCUGAAAAAUUGAGUACUUUUUACCAAAAUAAUCUCAAAAUUCACAAGUGGACAUUUUUCAGAGAAGAAAUCAAAAGGUUGGCUCGGACAAUGCAAGUGUGGCUCAACACUUACGUUGCAAGCAUCUAUUCCGCUGGAACCUACGCUAUUGAGGACUCUCCGAAGGUGAAGGAGUGUGCUGCCAAGUACAAAUCUUGUAAGAUUCAAAAAGAAAUGCUUUCUAAAUCAAAAUCAAAAUUUCAGCAUCGAUGGCCAGGAGUUCGUUUGGAAACAUGAUGGAAGAGAGCUUCUACCAACCGAUGGCGGCCAGCACGUACCACGUCACCACUUCGCCUUCCGACCUCGCCUUCGAAUUCGAACGCGCCAGCCUGAACACCAUCUCAACUCAAACCCGUCUUUGUAUGCCGGCCAUGAACAUGCUCGUUUCCGUGCAAGACAUCAAGGUCGGAUCCGCUGUUCUCGUCCUCUGGCAUCAUGUUCACAACGCCUACGUUAUUUUCUGGUUGGUUUUCUUCUUGUAAAACGAAGAAUAAUUAGCUCCAUUCGCAGCGCGAGCAACCAUCGCUACUUUGUGAAAGAGUCUUCGAUCCGUCGUUUGGGCAUCAACGCCUCGGACCCAACCACCCGCCGCAACUGGAUCAUCGCUCGAGUGGUCCGAUCGGAUAGUUGCUCCAUCAAGAAACCAGUCAACCGGUGAGUAUUUUGGAAUUUCCUUCGCUUUUCAUCUUUACUUUUUCAGGUACAACUUGCCAGUGGGCACCAUCGUUCGCCGCGUCGAAGUCGAUACCGCAAACAUGGAUUUUGAAGGCGACUUCAACGAGAUUUCCAUCUCCUGA